CCGCACGCGGGAGGGGCGCGCUCCUGGACUGGCGCAGUCGCCCCGCUGGGCGCCCGCGCGCGCCCCUCUCCUCCCAGCCCCUCCCAUAGCCAUCUGCCGCUCCAGCCCCCGCCAUGGGGAAUGUGCCCUCCGCGGUGAAGCACUGCCUCAGCUACCAGCAGCUUCUUCGGGAGCAUCUCUGGAUCGGUGAUUCAGUGGCUGGGGCCCUCGACCCCGCGCAGGAUACAUCCCAGUUACCUGGACUCCCUGAGUAUGUGAAAGUAGUAGAAGUUGGACCUAGAGAUGGAUUGCAGAAUGAAAAGGUUAUAGUUCCUACAGAUAUUAAAAUUGAAUUUAUCAAUAAGCUUUCCCAAACUGGCUUGUCAGUCAUAGAAGUGACCAGCUUUGUGUCCUCCAGAUGGGUGCCACAGAUGGCUGAUCACACUGAAGUGAUGAAAGGCAUCCAUCAAUAUCCAGGUGUUCGAUAUCCUGUCCUUACACCUAAUCUUCAAGGUUUUCAUCGAGCCGUUGCUGCUGGAGCCACUGAAAUAUCAGUUUUUGGUGCUGCAUCUGAAUCUUUUAGCAAGAACAAUAUCAAUUGUUCUAUUGAAGAAAGUAUGUACAAGUUUGAGGAAGUCAUUAAGUCUGCAAGGAACAUGAAUAUUCCAAUACGAGGGUAUGUGUCUUGUGCCCUGGGCUGUCCGUAUGAAGGAAGCAUCACACCACAAAAAGUGACAGAAGUGUCUAAGAGAUUAUAUGGCAUGGGCUGUUAUGAGAUUUCCCUGGGAGACACAAUUGGAGUGGGGACUCCUGGAAGCAUGAAAACAAUGUUGGAGAGUGUCAUGAAAGAAAUCCCACCAAGUGCUCUUGCUGUUCACUGUCAUGACACAUAUGGACAAGCCUUAGCAAAUAUCCUAACGGCCCUUCAGAUGGGGAUUAACGUGGUAGACUCUGCAGUAUCUGGAUUAGGUGGUUGCCCUUAUGCAAAAGGUGCUUCUGGGAAUGUAGCCACUGAGGAUUUGAUAUAUAUGCUAAAUGGCCUGGGGCUCAAAACAGGUGUGAAUCUUUACAAAGUGAUGGAAGCUGGUGACUUUAUCUGCAAAGCUGUGAAUAAAACCACAAACUCUAAAGUAGCUCAAGCCUCCUCGAAUGUUUGAUGUGCAUUUGUGACUCAAGGCAGAGAAGAUCCAUUUCAGCUACAAAUAUUCAUCUGAAAAUCAUUACUGUCAACUUGUUCUGAAAUGUUAAGUAGCAUAGACGAGUGGGAAAAAAACACUUUUAAAAAGAAUAUAACUGGAUGGAUUAUGAAGUCAGCGGAAAGUAAUGCCAGUCGUCAGGUAAACUGCAAGUUGAAACUAAAUAAUAAAAUUUGUAGAUGUACUUUUGAA